CGCUUUUUAAAAGGGUUAAAAGUUGUAGAGUAGUUUGGGAAGCAGUUGUGACUCCAGCAGUGCGCAAUGCUCUCUCAUGCCGACCUCUUGGAUACUCGCCUCGGUGAGUUAUCGCCACCAAACUCCGGUCUUCAACUACACUGGAUGAAGGAUGCUGCAGCCGAGCUUCUCGGACACCGAGAAGCUUUGAAGUGCAGACUAGGGGGGACUGACUCUGGACACCCCGGCGACCUUACUUCUGCUACAGAGACUGUGGAGGGGACCACUCUGCUCCCCGGAGAAGAAAUAAGUAAUGGUGGAUCCAAUCCUAAUGGAAUGCAGCAGGUCAACGCCAAAGACCAAGAAAAGCAGCAACAGCAAAACUCCAAUCAGACGGGUGGCCAACAAAACCAACAGAAACAGAAACGCCACAGGACCCGUUUUACUCCAGCCCAGCUGAACGAACUAGAAAGGAGCUUUGCUAAAACCCACUACCCUGAUAUUUUCAUGAGAGAGGAACUUGCAUUACGGAUUGGUUUAACGGAGUCACGGGUUCAGGUAUGGUUUCAGAAUAGACGUGCAAAAUGGAAGAAACGAAAGAAGACGACCAAUGUUUUCCGGGCGCCCGGCACUUUGCUGCCAACGCACGGUUUGCCCCAGUUCCCUUCUGCGGCCGCGGCUGCGAUGGGCGACAGUCUCUGCUCUUUUCAUGCCAACGACACUCGCUGGGCCGCGGCUGGGAUGCCGGUCUCACAGCUGCAGAUACCGCCGUCGCUGGGUCGACAGCAGGCGAUGGCACAGUCCCUGUCCCAGUGCAGUCUCGGAGCGGGCCCGCCACCAAACACUAUGGGCCUUUCGGGCAGCUUAUCGUCAAACGGUUCUGGUCUUCAGUCGCACCUCUAUCAACCCACAUUUCCCGGGAUGGUGCCCGCUUCACUGUCGGGUCCAACGAAUGUGACCGGCUCUCCUCAGCUGUGUAGCUCCCCGGACAGUGACAUGUGGAGAGGGACUAGUAUCGCUUCCCUGCGCCGUAAAGCACUUGAGCACACCGUUUCAAUGAGUUUCACCUAAUUUGAGCACCAGCGAUGUCUUUUUCUGUCACUACAAACCUCAAGUAUUCCUGAAAAACAGUCAUGGAGGACUCAGGAUACGAGGUUCUAACUGUGAAAUUGCAAACUGGCAGCCUUACCUAUUGGAUGAUGGAAUCCCAACAUACCCCCAGACAAUGCUUAUAUACAGCAAACGUAGACUAUAGUGAUACUUUUAAUGCUUGAAAUGUAUGUAAUUUAUUUAUGUGUUGUAUUCGUUCAUGUUUAUUUGUUUAUUUUCUUUUUAUAGCAGUUGAUUUUAAUCAUUGUUUAUUUAUUUAUGAGUAUUUAUUUGACUCUUGUUUCAUAUAUGAAUUAACAGCU